GACGCGUUCUGGCAUGUUAAGUUGUCAGAAUCAUCAAACUACCUGUGUACCUUUAGCUCUCCAUGGGGGCGGAAGCGUUUUCUACGCAUGCCGUUUGGCCUGUCUUCGGCCAGCGAGAUAUUGCAGCAACGAAAUGACGAUACAUUUGGGGAUAUCGACAAUGUCCACGUCAUCGCAAAUGAUUUGAUUAUUGCAGGAAAAGAUGAGCAAGAACACGACACGGCUCUUCUAGCAGUCAUGGAGAGGGCAAGAGCCAAGAACGUAAAGUUCAGUCGGGACAAGUUGCAGUAGAAGAUCAAGCAAGUAAAAUAUAUGGGGCACCUCAUUGGAGAAAAUGGGCAACAACCGGAUCCGGCCAAGGUGGAAGCUAUCAACGCAAUGCCUACCCAAAAGAUCACAAAGGUGUGCAACGACUACUGGGCAUGAUCGAGUAUCUGGCGCCAUACAUUCCCGGAGAGUCGGAUAUCACCACCUCUAAGAGAGCUGCUCAAGGAAGACGUCAUUUGGCAAUGGUUAGAGCAGCAUGACAAAGCACUGGACAAGGUAAAGACAAUUCUUACCAAUCAGCCGUUACUAGCGUUCUAUAAUGUGGCUCAGUCGAUCAAGAUUCAGGCAGACGCAUCACAGUCCGGUCUGGGAGCAUGCCUCAUCCAGAAUGACAAGUCUAUAGCCUAUGCGUCGAGAACUCUAACAUCAGCUGAACGUGCUUAUGCUCAGAUAGAAAAGGAAAUGCUUGCUAUUACAUUUGCUUGUAGGAAAUUUCAUCCCUACAUUUACGGGAAGUUGACUCGGGUAGAAUCGGACCACAAGCCCCUGGAGUCAAUAAUGAAAAAACCUCUUGGGUCUGUUCCUCCUCGCCUUCGGCGCAUGAUGCUGAAGCUGCAGCGAUAUGAGUUGGACGUGCGCUAUACAUCGGGGAAAGGCAAUACCAGUAGCAGAUGCACUGUCUCGAGCACAACUCCCGACAACUGCAGACGCGGAUGACAGGAUGAAUUCAGACGUAGAAGUCAUGGUUCACGCAAUCACUAACUCACUUCCAAUGAGUGAGACUCGAAGAGAUGAACUACAAAGAGCAACAGCUCAAGAUGAUGAAUCGAAAGCUCUCAGAAACGUUAUCUUUUCAGGAUGGCCAGAUAAUAUCAAGGCAGUCCCAUCUCUAGUCGGGCAGUUUUGGACCAUCAGAGAAGAGUUGCACGAGGCCGACCGGAUGUUAUUCAAAGGCACAAAAGUUAUAAUCCCAACCAUCUUUCGAUCAGAAAUGCUCCGGAGAAUUCACGAAAGUCAUCACGGGGCAGAGAAAUCUAAAGAACGGGCACGAGCAGUAGUGUACUGGCCGAACAUGGACAAGGAGAAUAAGGAUUACGUCAGCAAAUGCACCACCUGUCUGCGAUUUAGGCGGUCGAAUACCAAAACCACUCAAGCAACAGGACCUGCCAGAGAGACCGUGGCAAAUGAUAGCUGCGGACAUUAUGACAUUCAAACGGCGAGAUUAUCUCAUGGUAGUGGACUACUACUACAAGUACGUGAAGGUACCACUCUUACCUGAUAAAACAGCAAAAUCAGUCAUCACGGCGCUAAGAUCUAUAUUUGCUCGACACCGUAUACCGGACAGACUCAUUUGUGACAACAUGACAUUAUCCAGCCGUCGGGUACAUUUGUUUUCCAAAGAGUGGGGUUUCAAGAUAACCACCUCCAGCCCGGAGUAUCCCCAGUCCAAUGGUUUAGCGGAAAGGAAUGUGCAGACCAUAAAGCAGCUCAUGCGCAAAUGUCACUACGAAGGGUCGGACCCAUAUUUAGCACCAUAUGUAGCUUAAUUACCGGAGUACACCGAUACCUGAGUUAAGAGCGUCUCCAGCCCAACUUCUUAUGGGUCGCAACCUGAAAACAAGACUACCUACUGUGUCGGCACCGUUGCGACCAGACGUUAUCACCAACAUUUCCGAGAAUCUAAGGGCACGACAACGUCGUCAAAAAUAUCACUACUAUAGACAAGCGCAGCCGAUGCGUGAGCUGGAAGCAGGAGAGGUAGUUCGUAUACAACGCGACAAGCAGUGGGAACCCGCUGUGGUAACUCGGAAGCACACUGCACCCAGAUCAUACAUUGUCACUCAAAACGGGCGCAGCCUCAGAAGAAAUCGCCGACAUAUUCAUCCGACACUGGGAGCACCACCCAAUCAAAAUCAGGAACCAGCUUUGGACGAUUAUUUACCGAGAGUGAACAGAAGCAGCCAAACUGACAAACCGAGACCUAGCACAAUCGACGACAAGGGAGAACGACCAACCCUGGAAACCUACGGGACCUCCAGCGGGCGAGAAGUUAGAAGGCCAAAGAAACCGGAUGACUAUGUUUAAGACAAUGUUGCUAAAAAAACUUGAAGGAGGGAGAUGUUACAGACACAGGCGUGUCUAGUUAAUUAGAUAAUACAAUUAGGCUUAUAUAUGUGACUAGAACAGUUGUCGAUUAGUAUCCUUCAGUAGCAGAGUCUAGUGAGCGUAAGCUGAACGUAUAAUAUAGUACUGGUAACAU